AUGUCUCCAUACCCUACAACAGGCUUUGGAUUUCAUAGUAUAGGGAAAUUUUUGAAACAAGGAGAUGAUAAAUCCUUAUUACCUCAUUUUCAACAGGCCGAAAACACCUCAAAUAUAUUUAUCUUAAGAAGAUAUAGAUGGUUUUUGGUUGGUGUUUUCGUGUGUUUCUUUAUGUGUUUUGUACGGUGGAAUACUAAUUCUGAGGAUGAAAUCAAUAAUAAUACUGUGAUCAUAACCUCUGAUCAUAAAAUUGGAAACAAGAUUGAAUCAAUGCAAACUCAUUCUACACUUGUGGUGAGUGAACAAGGCAUUAGACUUGAACCAGAGGUGAAGCAGGUACCUAUGGUUAAGGAGGAUCCAAAACACACCUUCACCGGAAUUUUAUUACAUUUUAAAAGAAGAAAUGGUAUUAAGAAAAUCCUUUCAAUGAUGAUUAAAUACCCUUUUAUUUCUCAAGUAAUUGUGUGGAAUAACAAUCCUGACGUUAGCAUAACUCACCAAAAUCUGAUAGAGGACUAUCUUUCUGAUGGAGAAAAAUCAAAAACACUCGAAAAGUACAAGGAAAUGGUUUUUAUUCACAAUCAUAAUGAAAAUAUUAAGGACAAAGCAAAAUAUUUAGCUUGUGAAUUGGCAAAUACUACAGCUUGUUUCUACUGUGAUGAUGAUUGGGAUAUAACAAGAUACGCCAACGCUCUACUAGCAGACUUCUACAAUGAGCCUAGCGUUAUGCAUAGUGUAACAGAACCAUACACGUAUUACACAAACCUUGUUUGGUCCUUUUAUGAUUCAAAUAUUAAUCUUCACACAGCUUUUGCUUGGAUUGGUUGUGGGUCUAUGUUCUUGAAGUCACUUGCUGUUAACCACCUCCAAAAAGUUGACAAGUUUUUGGAAUCGAAUCCAAAAUUGAAAAAUCUUGUUCCUCUGAGUGAUAUAUUUUUCUCAAUAUGGCAAAAUAAUGCUCCUUCACAGAUUGUUGCUAACAUUGCAGAAAUAAGUGUAGAGAAGGAAAAUGUGGCAUUUUCUAGUCAGGGUGGGUUUUUACAAUUACAACAUGAAUCAAGUAUGAUGGCUAUUAAGAUUCUUCAUGAUGAACUCACAUACAACUCUUUCUUUACAAUAUUCCCAAAGAAAGAGAUUGAAAAUCCAUUUCCUCUCUUCCUUAAAUCACCUUCUUCAAAGGAUUCAUUCUUAUUUUAUUCAGACUUGUUUCCGUUCUUAUUGAAAAAUGUUUCCUUUGACAUUACAAACCAUGUUCAUGCAAAAAGAAGCACUAGAGAUAACCUUCCUCAAGGUGCUGAUGUUGAUUUUUUUUACAACAACAACCCAACAAGGGCGGUUGAUUCUGAUCCAUCAUCUUGUUGGCAAUCAAACAGAAACGUUGGCAUGGACAGUUUUUUUGGAGUGGAUCUGUAUUCUGUUGUAACAGAUAUCGCUAUUGAAAUUAUUUACUCACACACAAAAGAUUUUCAUGCAACCCUCAAAACAAGACACUCCAUUGACAGGAAAAAUUGGGUUGACACAAGUGCAGCCAGCUAUGAAUCGAAUAACUUUUCUCGCCACUCAUUCAAAGACUCAGUAAGAUAUAUCGAGUUCUUCACUCAAACUGGCUCAAGAAACAAAUUUGGUAUUUGUGAUUUUAAAGUUUUCAAGAAUGGAACCUCUAUCUAA